UCCUGCGUUGUGUGCGCUGUUGUCGUGCUGAACGUUUUACUUGCAGAAAUGGCCUCCGAAAACAAAUCGUGCAAGAAUGAGGACGUGCUGGAGAUCGUUUCGAAAGAUAGUGAGGUAGAGUUGUGUGUUGAAGAUUCUUCGUCAGAUGACGAAGAUCUCAUCCAGGUAGACAAAGAAAAUAGCAGCGAUUCGGGCUACGAAAUACUGCUGCCCCAAAGUGAUGAUGACGACUAUGAGCCCCUAAGUCCCUCAUCCCCUGCACAGCCAUCAGAGCAAUAUCAUUCCCAAGCCACACAAUCUACCUCAGCUCCCACUGUCCCCCAGUUGCCUGAAAGCAGCAACAAUGAUGACUAUGAACAACCUCUGCAAAGCCCGGCCAAAAGAAAAGCUAAAUUGAAGCCUGCUAGGUCUAAGGCUCGGAAGAGUGGGCCUCCUGAACAGGAAGAAAUGUGGCAUAACAAAAAGGAGGAGGACAGAAAUCCUGAACCCUUCAAGUUUAUGCCCUCCAGGGUACCUGGUCCUACAUUUAACAAGACGGCAUCAUGGUCUCCACUUUCGCUCUUCCAGCUUUUCUUUAGUGUACCUGUUGUACAGACAAUCAUUCAAAAUACCAAUGCCAAUGCUGCGAGAAGGAAGGCAGCUGGUGUAAAGUUUCAAUGGACUGAUCUGACAGUGAAAGACUUUUACGUCUUCUUGGCUAUUAUUGUUUUCACAGGCCUUGUAAGUGUACACCACAGAGCUGACUACUGGAAAAGAGAAUGGCCAUACAAUUUUCACUUCCCCCAAGAAUAUAUGUCCAGGAACCGUUUUGAGGCCAUCGUGUGGUCAUUGCACCUCUCCAACCUGAAAGACGAUGAGGAAAACAAAAAAAAAAGAAACACCCCGCAGUACGAUCGGCUUUUCAAAAUCAAGCCGCUCUACGACCAAAUCGUGAAUGCCUGCAAAGCAAAUUUCCAGCCUUACGAAAACAUCUGCAUAGAUGAGAGGAUGGUGGCAUCUAAGGCUAGAAUUAGCGUCAAGCAGUGUAUGAAGGCGAAGCCCACAAAGCGGGGAUACAAGCUGUUUGUUCUGGCUGAUUCAGCAUCGGGUUACACAUGGAACUUUUCUGUCUACACAGGGAAGAGUGAAAGCAGCAUAAGCCAUGGUCUGAGCUACUCAGCCGUUUUAGAUCUUCUGCCAUUUUCUUUGCUUGGUCGGGGCUACACUUUAUAUUUGGAUCAUUUUUAUACCAGUCCUGUGCUGUUCCAAUAUCUGCAUAAGAAUUGCUUUGGCUGCUGCGGAACCAUUAAAAAAACCCAGAGUGACUUUCCCCGCACAGAAAAAAAUGACUUUCCUAAAAGAGCUGAGAGGGGAGAUAUGCGCUGGAUUAGAAAAGAUGAAGUGCUCUUUGUCAAGUGGAUUGAGACUCGGGAGAUAACGAUGUGCUCCACAGUGCACAGGGCCUUCAGUGGAAAGACUGUGCAGCGUAGAGUGAAGGAGGCUGGGGCGUGGUCGGCAAAGCAAAUACCUGUUCCUGAUGCAGUGCUGGAUUAUAAUAAGAACAUGCAUGGUGUUGAUUUAUCUGAUGCUCUCAUUGGUUAUUACAGUGUUCAACAAAAAACAAAGAAGUGGUAUAAGACUUUUUUUUAUCACUUCGUGGACAUUGCCAUUGUGAACAGUUUUAUUUUGCACAAGGAGAUAUGCAGGAGCCAGGGUCAGGAGCCGGUAACUCAGAAAAAGUUCUGGGAGCACCUUGCUGUGGAAAUGCUGUCUUUUGCUGUAGGCUCAGCACCAGCAGCACCAUCGCCCACACUCACCUGCAUGCCGCGUUAUUACGGCAGCGAUGCUACACAAUCCAGGAGGUACUGCAGGAGGUGCCUGGAUGCUGGCAUCCCAAGGGUGAAAACACCUAUUUAUUGUAGGGCUUGCAAUGUCCCCCUGUGCCUCACGUCAAAAAAAAACUGUUUUGAGCGCUGGCAUGAUAAGCAGGAAUAUUUAUCAAGUGUAAAUGUGCACUGAUGGCUUGCUUCCGCUCUUGUAAUGAAACCUAGAAUUUCAAGAAAUACUCAAAUCAUUUUGAGGAUGUCAUUAUUUAUUUAUUUUUGUUAAUCAAGAACCUCACCUAAUGUCAACUUUUGUCCAUGUAUUACAGAACAAUAUGAGCAGAGAAAAAUCCCUGUAAUGGGCACCUUAUGCAUCUGAUUUGGAGUUCUACACAAAAUGUUUUGCCAUUUCUAAUAGCCCGAGUAUAGGUUUAAAUACAACACCCAGAAUAGGAUCACAAAGAAUAAAGUCUUUAUUAUACACUUAGGAGAAUCCGUUCAGAAUUGUAUAGAGCUGUGGAAAAGUAUACCUCAGGACGGUCAAUCCAGCACUCUCACAGGAGUCACAAUAUUUUAUGUUUUUAUACACUGUCAACCUACAGUGCUGGGCUGUGGGCUGAAGUCAGAUUCGUAUUUAACUUGAUUAGGAUAUGUAUUAAAUUUAUAUCCUUAAUAUAUAUCCUGAAAAGCCUAUAAAUGGAUGUCCUUAUACUGGCAUUAGGCUCCUUCUAGCUGCAGGCCUCAAUCAUUGCAUUCUUUUAUUUUUAUUAAUUGAGUAGCAAAAUCUGUCAUUCUCCCUGGCAUCCCUCAUCCUCCACAGCUAACCAGGCUGUCAGUAGUGGCUCUUAUACAAGAAACCUACAUUAGGUGAUCUGUGCCAUCCCUGAGCAGAGCAGUUUUCACUAAAAAAGUUCAUUUUUUUCUGUCCUUGCAGUAUACUGUACUAUAUUCAGCUACAGUAGAAGUGAUUCAGAUGAACUCAGUCAUGGUACGCACCUGGUGUAACGGCUAAAUGUAACGAAGCACGUUGAGUAGGUGAAAGGAUGGUUCCACAGUGUGCGGCAUCAACUGUCAAACAUGGAGGAGGAAGCGUGAUGGUCUGGGGCUGUUUCGCUUGGAUCCAGGGUUGGUGACUUGUACAGAGGGAGAGGCACCCUACUACAGCAUUCUGCAGCACCAUGCAAUACCCUCUGAGUUGCGCUUAGUUGGUCAGGGGUUCAUUCUGCUGCAAGAUAACGACCAAAAACAUAAGUCCAAGCUAUGUCGGAACUACCUCAGAAAAAAAAGAACAAGAUAGUAAGCUUGAAAACAUGGAGUGGCCAGCGCAGUCUCCAGACUUAAAUCUCAUUGAGCUGGUUUGGGAUGAAAUGGACAGAAGAUUGAAAGCAAAGCAACCUACAAAUGUCACACAUUUAUGGGAAUUUCCACAUAUGGGAAGAACUUUCUGAAGAAUAUUUGAUUUCUAAUGUAGAAAGAAUGCAACGGAUAUGUUCAGCUGUUAUAUCUGCAAACGGGCACUUCUGGUUCCACCUGCAAGAGAAUUUUAGAAAACCUUGGUGUUUUCCCGGACAGCUCUUUUAAACUCGAGAAACAGAUCUCAGCUGUGGCGAAAAACAGUUUCUAGCAGCUGCGUCAGAUAUCUAAAGCAAAGCCAUACCUCCCUUUGAAGGAUCUUGAAAAGCUCAUUCACACUCUUAUCACUUCCACGUUAGACUACUGUAAUUCCCUCUACUCGGGCCUCCCAUCUUCCUCUAUUCACCGGCUCCAGUUAGUUCAAAACGCAGCCGCGCGUCUCUUUACUGGUACUAGAAAUUAUGCCCACAUCACACCAGUUUUAGCCAACCUACAUUGGCUCCCUGUUGAUUAUCGUAUCAAUUUCAAAAUUCUUUUGCUUACCUUUAAAAUUUUAAAUAAUUUGGCUCCCAGCUAUCUAUGCGAACUCCUUCAUUUGUAUAUCCCUUAUAAGGUACUUAGAUCUUCCAAUCAAAUGCCCCUGAUGUAACCGAGGUCUCGUCUGAAGUCCAGAGGUGAUCGGGCCUUUGCUGUCGUAGCUCCCAGACUCUGGAAUAACCUCCCUCCUUAUAUUUGUUCCUCCGAGUCCAUCAAGUCUUUUAAAUUGCAUCUUAAAACGUAUUAUUUUAGUCUGGCUUUUGAUUCAAAUUAGUAUGUUAUUUCGUGGCUAGUUUUUGUUUCAAACAAUUGUCAUUUUGUUUCCUGCCCUCCUUCUAUCUGUUUCUUUUUAUUCUGUCCUAUGCUAUUGUUCUGACCGACUGUGAAGCACUUUGGUCAACUUUGUUGUGUUAUUAUGUGAUAU